UGGAACUGAAAUCAUUUUCCAAUCGUGUCAUUCUUAACAGAACCAUGGAUUUCUUCGUUCUGUUCCACUGUUCUGACCAGAAAAAAACAGUUUCGAACCCCCCAAAAAGUACCAGUUUAUAUUGUUUCUUUUUAAACCGCUGAAAUUGACAUUUUAUACAUUUAGCUCAACAUAAAAUUACUUCACCAAUCUGUGCGGAUAGAGCAGCUUGAUAUAGAGCAGGCAAGCUAUAGUUGUUUACAAGCAUUGGACAGAUAAAUGUAGGGCGCAAGAUGCCACUGAAAUUUUGCUUGUGGGGAGAAAGCAAAUGAGGGUUGAGGAGGAGCUUGGAUCUUGUUAUGGCAUGCAUUAUUUGAAUAAGUGUAACGUCGACGCAAGGAGUCAGGAAGCAAGUGCAGUUAGUGAGUUUAAUAUUAACGAACGUAGACCGAUACAAAACGGCAGACAAGAUAACAUAACCAAUACCGCCUGAGGGGUGAAUACAAUGAAGUGCUAGAUAAAGGGACAUUAAUCAGGGAAGUGAUGAAGUCCAGGUGUGUCUGAUGAUGAGGCGCAGGAGUGUGUAAUGAAGGUUGCCAGGUGUGCGUAAUGAUGGGUUGCCAGGACCGGUGGUUAGUAGACUAGCGACGUUGAGCGCAGAAGAGGGGGAGCAGAUGUGACAGUACCCGCGCCGACACGCCGCUCCAGCCGCAGGAUGACGCCGACCAGGAGGAUGGUCCCGAGGGCAUGGAGCAGGUCGGUCCAGAAGGCGAAGGUGGAAUUCUCUGAGGAUGUUGUCAUCUAGAAUGUCAUCCACCAGAACCCAGCACUGCUCCUCUGGACUGUACCCCUCCCGGUCCACCAGGUACUGGAGCCGACCCCACAGCGUCCAGGAGUGAUCUGACGGUAUAGGCGGGACUCCCAUCGAUAUCCAAGGGAGGCGGAGGGGUGUCAUGGGGGACGGCAUUAGCCAGGGGACCAGGAACCCCCAGCCUGAGGAGGGAAACAUGAAAAGAGGGUCCGGUAGUUAGUGGGGAGCUGUAAUCAGUAUGUUACCUCAUUGACCCUCCAGAGGACUUUGAAUGGCCCCACAAACCGGGGGCUCAGUUUCCAGCAGGGCAGGCGGAGCGGGAGGUUCCUGGUGGAGAGCCAGACGCGAUCACCAGGAUGGAACACGGGAGCCUCACUGCGGUGGCGGUCCGCCUGCUUCUUCUUCUGGCGGACGGCGCAUUGGAGCCGGACGUGGGCAGCUUUCCAAACCUCCUCUGCAUGCCGGAACCACUCGUCCGCCGCAAGAGCGUCGGUCUGGCUCGGGGUCCACAGAGCCAGGGCCGGCUGGUACCCCAGGAUGCAUUGGAAGGGAGACAGCCUGGUAGAGGAGUGACGAAGUGAAUUCUGGGCGUAUUCAGCCCAAGGAAGGAAUCGGGCCCACUCACCCUGCCGGUCCUGGCAGUGACUCCUCAGGACCCUCCCUAGCUCCUUGUUCAUCCUCUCCACCUGCCCGUUAGAUUGAGGCUGGUAUCCGGAAGUGAGGCUGACCGUGACCCCCAGCUUCUCCUUGAAAGACUUCUAUACACGUGAUGUGAAUUUGGGGCCACGAUCGGAGACAAUAUCCUCCUGAAGGCCAUAGUGCCCGGAAGACCUGCUGGAACAGUGCCUCUGCGACCUGGAGAGCAGUUGGGAGACCAGAGAGAGGGAUGAAACGUUUUCUUACAGGAUUGGACUGGAAAGAACUUACUUCUUAAUUCCCUCCUUGUGUUUUGGCCAAUCACACAAUCUUUACUCUGAGCUGAGGUUCUGAGCUGAGGUCCAACCAGAUUUGUGAAUGAAUGAGUGGGUGGGCCACGACGUCAAUGUGGUGGGACUACUACAGAUCCCUCCCAACGAUGGAUUCCCACUGUCUGAGAGCUCACACUUCUUUGAUAUUCUGUCAGAACAAGGUAGCCCUCUGCUCCAGCACCAGGAAGUCUUAACCUUCACCAGCUAUCCCAGCAUGCAAUACCCCUCGGUGGAGCCCACCAUGUCCUCCCCGCCAUACUACUCCAGUCAGAACUACUACCCCCAGUACAACAGCGAUGAGUGGUACUCACCCACAGGGAUGUAUGAACUGAGGAAAGGACCCCUAGAGGGCACUUAUAAUGCUGAAAUGGAAGAGGCGUCCACCAUAGUGCCUGCGGUGUGCAAUAGGACCCGGCACACAUCCCACACAGGCAGUGUCAAAGGGGAGGAGCUGUGUGUGGUGUGUGGGGACAAGGCAUCCGGGUAUCACUAUAAUGCUCUCACCUGUGAGGGGUGUAAAGGCUUCUUCAGGCGGAGCAUCACCAAGAAAGCUGUGUACAAGUGCAAGAAUGGAGGGACCUGUGAGAUGGACAUGUACAUGCGGAGGAAGUGCCAGGAGUGUCGUCUCCGGAAGUGCAAAGAGAUGGGCAUGCUGGCAGAGUGUGAGUAUCAGGCAGAGUGUCUGCUGACAGAGAUCCAGUGUAAAUCUAAAAGGCUGAGGAAAAACCCCAAGGUCUCACCAGGACAGUCCACCGGGGACGAGACAGAGGGGGGAGACAACGGAGACACCAAACAGGUCACCUCCACCACCAAACUGUCGAAGGAGAAGCUUGAACUCAGUCAAGAGCAACAGGCUCUCUUGAGCUUCAUCGUAGAAGCUUAUCAGAAACAUCGAAUUCCUCAAGACAUGGCCAAAAAACUGCUACAAGAGCAGUUCAAUGCAGAAGAGAACUUCCUUCUUUUGACAGAGAUGGCCACCAGUCAUGUUCAAGUGCUGGUGGAGUUUACCAAAAACAUUCCAGGUUUCUCAGCCCUGGACCAUGAGGAUCAGAUAGCACUGUUGAAGGGCUCGGCAGUGGAGGCCAUGUUCCUGCGCUCAGCACAGGUGUUUACCAGGAAGCUACCCCAUGGACACACAGAGGUGUUGGAGGACAGGAUACGCAAGAGUGGCAUAUCAGAGGAGUUUAUUACACCCAUGUUCACCUUCUAUAAAAGCAUCGGGGAACUCCAGAUGAUGCAGGAAGAACACGCCCUCCUCACCGCCAUUACCAUCCUGUCACCAGACCGGCCGUACGUGAAGGGCCAGCAGGCGGUGGAGAGGCUGCAGGAGCCCAUGUUGGAGGUGCUCAGGAGGUUCUGUGCCAUGCAGCACCCGCUGGAGCCCCAGCACUUUGCCCGUCUCCUGGGCCGUCUGACUGAGCUGCGGACACUCAACCACCACCAUGCUGAGAUGCUCACCUCCUGGCGCAUGAGCGACCACAAGUUCACACCCCUCCUCUGCGAGAUCUGGGACGUACAGUAAAUGGUACACAGAGGCUGCAUGGAUGGACGGAUGGAUGGGUGGAUGGAUGGGUGGAUGGAUGGAUGGGUGGAUGAGGGAGAGGAGAGGAAAAACAAACAUUUCACCUUAGUGACUCCUUUGACCAUUUCAGAUGCUGCAACCUUUUCAGAAGCUGACCAUUUUACCAUUUCCGAUGUUCUGACUUUGGACUUAACACCGCUUGAGAUGUGAAGGAAUGUCGUGUAGGCUAUGCUCAGGUCUUCUGUGAGCUUUUGUGAUGGACUACUUGAAUGUGACCACCUGUUGCCAAAGAAACUUGGAGAUAUUAUUUAAAGAAAAGAUCUCCCAACGGGAUAAUGGACUUAUAUAGCAUUGACAAUUCAUGUUUUAAUCACUCAUUAAACAUAUUUUGACUGAUAGA